UAACAGAGCUUGCCCGACUCUGUGUUUGUGUGGUUGUGGAUCAUGUGAUCGUCAAAUAGAAAUUGAAUUUGAUUAUAUUUAUUAAACAAAUGAUACAGUUAAAGUGCAAAAGUGCGGUAAACACGCAUCAACUUGGUACACACGAGGCAACAGAUAAAGCAGAUUAAAUUGUUUAAUUUAAUAUUUUUCCAAAUCAUGGUUGAACGCAGUUUUAAAUCCUUGUUAAAGAGCAUCCUGAGUGACCGAAUAGACGAAGCGGAGAAACUGGAGCUGUUAUUCCAGCUCGAAAGCGCUGAGCUUGACGUGGAGGAGGUUCGGGUGGCAUUGGAAGUGCUCCAACGAGUCCAAAACACUGCUGUCCCCCUCAAAGACCCCCUUCACCUUGUCCGCUCGCAGGCUGUACAAACCGCGACGACCCUCUUGCUUACCUGUCACGCUAAAUUUGCAGCUGAUGCUUCCUGUAAAAGGUUAAUGCUGAAGCAUACCGAUUUGCUGUUGACCUACUGCAAUGGAAAUAAUGACAUGCUAAAAUCAAUCGCUUCCAUUUGUCUGACGGAAAUUCAACUCUACAAUGAGGAGCUGAUCGGUGCUUCCGUGGCCGUGGUGGACACCCUGGCCGCGUUCGAGACGUCCGUGGCGCACCAGCCGCUGCUGCAGUUCCUCAGCCUGCUGGCCACGGAGGAGCAGACGGCGGCCUUCCUGAUGGCACAGUUGCCGCUGCUGUCGACGCCCGCGGUGGCGUUCGUUUCGAGCCGGCUGGCGAACCUGGCCUCGCCGUACCUGACGCAGGCGUUCCUCAAGCCGCUGCUGGCCACCUUCAGCCUGACGGCGGUGACCGCGGCCGUGCGGCUGGCCGGCUUGCUCGACGCCUUCGACCGAAUGCUGCUGUUCAAGCGAAUCGUGGCCCUGAGCAACCACCCUGGCCUGCCGGCCGCCUCCCGACUCGUCCUCCUCGACGUCGCCUCGCACGUCGGCAGCACCUUCAACCUGCUCACGCCCGCCACGCCGGAAAUCACCUUUGCAGACGGCGCGCACAGCAAAUUCAAGAAGAUCGCCGCCGUUCUGGCCGGGCCGUGCGGACAGGGCGUUGAGGCGGCUGUUGAAGACGCGUCCAGCACUGAUUACAAGGCGGUGAACGCCAAGGUUCUCUAUUUGGCGUCCAAGCACGAGCACCUGCAUGACGUUUGCAAGAGGCAAGCCCUGAGACUGAUGCUGGACGACCUGAGUUUCGCGCCGCACCUGCUGGAACUGGUGCAGAUCGUCCCUGAACUGGACCUGCCCAACCUGAUUCCGUCCAUAUUAGAAAGAACCCCGCCGGAGCCAAGUGAUCUGCCGUUUUUCGUGAUGCUACUGCGUCAGGCCGUGGCGUCGCGCAGUUCCGCGGUCGCCCGGCCCAAGGAGAGCCUCGCCCUGAUCAAAACCAUCGUCAGGGAGGGCCUCCCGGCCGACGAGGCGCAUUUGCUGCUCUCGACGUGCCACCAAAUCAUCAAGGUGUUCGAUCCGGCCGACUUUGUGGAGGAAAUGAAAGGUCUGCUGAGCGCCGUGGCCGCCAGCAGCGCCGAGGAAGACGUCGUGGCCAGGGUGGCGUCGUUCGAGUCCCUCCUCAGCUGCCUGACAGACGCCAACGUGCGGCAGGUGCUGCGCCAGCAAAAGAGGGAACUCGAGCCAGGCUUUUUCCACAAGGCGCAGUCUGUCACCCUCGUGGACCAGCCGGCGCUCAGUCUCAGGGUUGAAAGAAUGAUUUUACCUGAGAAAUUCAGUACGGAGUCGCUGGAGGAAUAUUUGAUCCUGAUUAAGUCUAGAAAAUACGCGAAAAUCGAGUUUGAAAUGAUUGCUGCGAGUGCAGGAAAUGGAUUAGAGGCGGUCGCCGUGUUUUUCGAGCCCUCGACCCUGAUAGAGCCGCUGCUCCUUGGACGGGUUUCUAAUGAAAAAACCGCAACCACGGUUUACAACCCAGAAAAACCCUAUCCGGCGCAAUUUCAGGUCAGGGCCGAAUUUAAACAGAACGGCCGCAUGUGCUGCUGUUCUUUACCCAGCUGGAAAAUCGACCUGACGCGGAUUUUACAACCCUUGCCGUGUAAAGAACGGAAGGAAAUGGCCGAAAUGCUGUGGAAUCAAGUGUCGGACUGGCCGCAAUCGUGUGUUGUCCUCGGAACGGAGGCGGCCAACGCCAGGUUUUCGGACUUGAGGCCAUUUGCGGUGGACGAGGAACUCGUGGCGACGUUCCUGGCCCCCAGCAGCCAUCUGCUGUUCAGGUUCUCCGCGCGGAAGGUCGAGAUCAAGACUGACGAUGUGAUAUUACUCGCGUACGCGAAUGACUUUUUGUGCAGUUAA